AUGGCCGGCGAGGAUCGGACCGCCUUUGUCGAGGGACGAAGCAUGGCCUUGGUCGACUUGGCCUCAUGGAACCACCUCUGCUCCAUGGUGCUCAACGUCUAUGGCCAUGCGGCCGUCGUCCAAUGGCUCGCCGCCAUGAGCCUUGCGGUGCUGUACCUCUACGUGCAAGGCCAUGCGAUCGUCGACUUGAGCGUCUACGAUGCUGUCGUCGUCGACCACGCGAUCGCCGGUCUUGGCCUCUCAUUUCCGAUCGGCUACGUCGUUUUGCUCAAUCUCUACUACUCGGACGUGCAUGACGCGGUCGGCGCCGCGCUCCUCCUCUUGCGCGUCACGUCGUGCUGCAUCAUGGGCGUCGCAUUGACCAUCUUCCUCGCCGAGUACUUUACGCGCCGGAUUCUCAUCUCGCUUGUCCUCUUCGGCUACGGCGCGUGGGGCUUCUUCUACGCGUGGAGUGUGCCCAUCUGGCGCUGGUACAUGUACGACGUGUGCGAGCACGGCCUCAUUGCAUACCUUCCGGAAAGCCUCCAGACGAUGCUGCUCCAGACGACGCUGCUCGAGUGGCUCACCGACACAUCGUUCUUUGACAGCAUGCAAAAGUACGUGCCGUUCCUGAUGCCACUCUCGCUCGCCGAGCAGCAGCGCGUGGUGCGGAGUCUACCCGCCGACGACCAAGCGCGGCUGCUCAAACCUGGUCUCCUCCACCUCCUCCCUGACGCGGUGCAAGAGACGUUGUUGCCCGAGACGCCAUUGGAACGCAACGACGAGAUGGUCGACGACCCAACGAUCCUCGCCGACUUGAUCCACGCGCGUGUUGCCUCAACGAUCCAGCAAGUGGUCGCACUGCCGUCGCCCAAGCUGGUGAACCGGACGGCGGCGAUCUCGUCCUGCCUCUUUGUCUUCCAGCUCACGCGGUCGGCCAAGGCGCGCGCGCAGUUUUUCAUUCUUUGCCGCGUCGCACUGCUCUCCGUGCUCGGGACGGUGGCGUGCGCGUCUCUGUCGGUGCGCUGCCUCCAGCUCAUUGCCGCCUUGCCCCGGUCGUCCCAGCGCUACCUCCAAUACGCCCAGCAACUCUUGCUGCAACAGCCGUCGUCCGUGCUCCGGCUACGCCACACCAAGGACGGCGACGACGAGGCCAAGCAUCGAUCGCGCUGGGCCACCGUGUCCAAGUCGGUCCUUGCCGCUGUCGCCAUUGGCUACGGGCUUCGCAAGCUCCAGCGCUAG